AUGGAUGCCCAUGAUGAUGAUGGCGAAGAUCUCUUCGUGGACUAUGGAGACUUUGGGGGUGUGCAACAACAGCUAUCCCCGAAGCACGAGGAUGCUCAGGGGGAGGAUACUGCCAUGUCUGGGGAAGGGGUGCCGGACAAUGCACAGGAGUUGCUCAACAACCCUCCUAGCAGCACGCUGUUCAUAUUCAACGCUCCUGAGGACACAGAUGAAGCAGAAGUAGAGAUGCGAUGCGGUAGAUUUGGUGAAGUCCUAAAUGUGGAGAAGGAAGAAGAUAAGAUUAUCGUUAAUUUCAAGAAUACCAAGUCGGCUUAUUCUGCCCGUGAGAAGCUCGACAAUUCCAAAUUCGAUGAUAAUGAAGUACAUGUAUACUUUGCUCCACAGCAAGGUGAUCAUCAUCACAAGGGGAAAGGUGCUGCUGGAGAUGGAUCAGCCCCCACUGGUGGUAUUGCGGUGCGAAUGGACGUGGACCCACUAACCGGGGAGUAUCUUGCCGGCGCUCGUGUCGUUGGCACUGGAGCUAGGCAUGCUGGUGGCAUGCGACGGCGUCUGUUGAGCGACGAGAAGCAAGCGUUGAGAAUCGAGCCUCCAGAGCAGCCAGUGUCGCAUUGGAGUGAGAUACACGACCUUGAACAUGAUGACUGUGCUGCGCUGCUUGACGACUACAGUAAGCAUCCUCAUCGGGAGUACCUCAAUAACCGAUACGUUAUUUUUGGGAACCUACCCAGUUCCGAGGUCGACAUCGAUUCUAGACGCUCCAUUGAAAGCUUCUUAGCUCGCUGGGUCAGAUUGGAUGAUCUCGUGGAAACUAAUAAGAUAACCAUAGCCGGCAUCCCUGUGCUCCAUGUCACGCUGAGGUCAACUAGAGCAGCUGCUUUCCUGCAGUCUCAUGUUGAAAAGGAUUUGCAUGAGCACGGUCACGCGACGCAUGUGGCUUUCGCUCCGCCCUUGAAAGCGAGCAAAAAGCUGUGGGUCGGCUGGAGCAUACCCAUGGGGUUCAAGGUCUCGGAGACUGAUCUCAACAAGGCCUUCGCCACCUUCGGAUAUAUCGAAGACUUCCGAAUGCUCGACAACAAGAACUGCGCUUUUAUACAGUACUCACACGUUGCCGAUGCAGUGAAGGCUUACAACUGCAUGUACGGCCUGGAGAUAGCUGCUGGACAUCAUCUCAAUGUUGACUUCACUUCGGCUCCUGCAUCACACGACCACACUACUGGAUUCACUGGCAAUAGGGAGAGCGUACCAGGCUUACACCAGUCCUUGGAUGAGUAUAGGAACCAUCGAUUGGGUGCUCGAGACCGAUCUCUGCAUAGGCAUAGGUCGCGAAGCAGAGAUAACAGACGUGAUAAUCGCAGGCGACAUGAUGAACGGGAGGCCUCGGAUAGCAUGGAGGGGACGCGAGGAUCUGGCAAGCAUCGAUCGAGGGAGACGAUGGCCAUCUUGAAGAUGGGUGAGCUGGCCUGCGAAGUGAGGUGGCGCUUUGUGAGAGGCUCUGAGGUCAAUAGCCUGUCACAUCUGUCCAAGUUGAACAUAGAUCAGCGCACGAAGAUUGAACAUUGUCGGAGUCACGUAGAGAGACAGCCCGAGGAUAGCACUAUUUGGUACAUCUCUGCGGCAACCAAAGACGACUGCGAAGGGUAUGAUAAGCUAUGUGACUACUUUAUAGGGAAGGACAGGGUUGGAUUCAUCCACACUGGUGACUACUAUUACUAUCUAUGCCCACCUUCGGAAGCAUGCACCGAACGGUAUGGUUUUGUCGAGGAACUAGCAGAGAAAGUGUCUUCUUUCUUCGCACUACUAUCGGCUAAGGCGGAGCGUUGUCUCGGCUUUGCUAGCAAGCAUUAG